GUGUGGGGGGGAGUUGGUGUGUCAGUCACUGCCUCUCACCGCCCAAUGCCCCGCAGUUGGUGCAGAGCCGCAGCCCUGGGGGAUGGCGGUGGGGAGACGCGACGUGAGGAUGACCUGCUGGCAGGGCCUGGUGUGCGGGGGGCUGGCCGGCCUCUCCAGCCGCUCGGCCACCUGUCCGCUGGACGUGGUCAAGGUGCUCAGCCAAGUGGGCACUUUUCACACCAAAAGGGGCUUCCUGAGAACUUUCCAACUGCUCUACGAGGCCGAGGGUCUGCGGGCGUUCUGGAAAGGCAAUUGCAUCGCUUGCGCCCGACUCUUCCCUUACAGCACAGUGCAGCUCUCAGCGUAUAACAAGUUUGUGGAUCUGUUCAUGGAUGACUUUGGGCGAAUCUCCCAUUGUAGUGCCAUCGUAGCAGGUAGUCUUGCUGGCAUUGUGGCAGCCAUCCUGACUUACCCAACCGAAGUGAUCGAGACCCGUUUAAUCAUUCAAGACAGCACGGAUCCCACCUACAGAGGAAUCACUCACACUUUCCAUACAAUCUACUCAAAAGAGGGAUUCUCAGCACUUUACCGAGGGGCUUCACUGACUAUAUUGGGAGCAAUUCCCUUUUCUGCAGGUUCGUUUCUAGUUUACAUUAACCUGGAUAAUCUCUGGAGAAAGCCCAGUGUGAAAUUCACUGCACUGCAGAACUUUGCCAAUGGCUGUUUGGCAGCAGGUGUUGCCCAGACACUCUCCUUCCCCUUUGAAACUGUAAAGAGAAAGAUGCAGGCUCAAAGUCCAUUGCUUCCACAUUAUGGGGGUGUCGAUGUCCAUUUUACAGGAAUUGUGGAGUGUUUUAAGCAGAUUAUCAAGACAAAAGGUAUUCUCAGCCUAUGGAAUGGACUCACAGCCAAUCUGAUCAAGAUCGUUCCUUACUACGGUUUGAUGUUCAGCAUCUUCGAAUUCUGCAAGCGGGCUUGUCUGUAUAAAAAUGGCUAUAUCGUGUCGCCUUUAAGUUACCAACUAAUCCCAGGCGUGGAUCAGAGUUUACGACCCCAGGAACUAAGAAGCGUAAUCAGAGGAAAGAACUUUGAGACAAAAAACGCUCUGGGAACAAAUGGUGGGGCUGAAGAGACAGACUUUGAAGCACAACUCAAAACAGUUAUUACCUCAAGCACAAGGAUUAGAUUGGCAUCAUGUGUGUGUGCAUUAACUGUGCACAGUAGCAGGUGGGCUUACAGUGACGAUUAAUGGAUAUCAAAAGUGGAUUAUCGCAAUGGACAAAAAGUACUAUGGUGUGAAAUGACAGAAACACGGUUCCCGCAUACAAGGCUAAAGUGUUGACAGAAUCCUGGAGAAUUAACUAAUUUACGUAAAUUAUAACUGAAUAUCUUUACAAAUUAUUUUUGGUGCUAAAAGCAAAACAAUCCAGAUAAUGCACAUGCCAAAACGAAAUGCAGAAAUUCAAAUAAUAUUCUGUCGAUAGUCUUUUUUGGUGGGUUCAAUUUAUAGCUGUUCCACAUUAUAAUCCUGUCUCAAAACCAGGAAGUAUUUUGAAGAGUUUAUUGUUAUGUUAAAGUAAAUAAGUAAUAUAUCAAUACUGCACUAACUUCAGAUCCACUAUUCACACCAAAAAGUGUGACAAGUCAAAUCUGACAAUCAUUUUAUCAUACAGACUUUAUGUCUCAUCUCCUUGGUGUAAUAGAGUGAUAAACACAAAAAAUGAUUGAUCACAACUCUUCUAUGUUUAUUUCAUCCUGUACAAGCAAUAGAAUUGCUUAUCAAGUUUUCACUAUUGUUUUAACGCAAUAAGAGAAUACAGUAAAAUUCACAUGAAUCAUCUCAUUCUAAAUUGUAUAAUCCCUUAAAUCGUACGUGCACCCGAGUCCCAUUCAGUUUCCUACCAAAAAAUGGUUAGAUUUCUUUGCAAUAGUCGUAUUUUUUAAAUUGCGUAAACGGCUAAAUCGUAAUAGUUUCUUGGUUACAAAUAAUCCUAAACCGUAUGCAAAUCAUCUCCUAACUCGGAAUGCUACUACUGCACUUACCCUAUGUGAAGUGUUGUGUUUGAAACAAGCGCGGGAAAUUAGGUCUUGACCCAUCACUGGAUCCACCUUUACCUGCUGCAAUAAUGAAGUACCAUAUGCACAGUAUAUUGUGUAUUGUGGAGUAUUGUGUUGAAACAAGAGCAGAAAACAAGGUCUUGACCUGUCAUCAUGGCAUCAGGCAACACAGCUAUAAUUAAACGCAAGUUAGUGAAAGGACCUUGUUCUCGCUGAUUGUAUUUGGAAGUCAUAUAAAAUCUAAUUAUACAUAACUUUGACAGUAACUCAUUCUUUGCAUAAGUCAUAUUAAAUGUUACGGUCCUGACUGAUAUGACUUAUCCGAGUGUACCUGUAGUACUGUUUUAAAUUAACUAAUGAAUUUGAUCUUGCAUUCAAAUUCAGACUCCGUGUCAAUACUUUGAAGCCAAAGUAAAGUUUUUUUUCCUGUAGUCUUUUUUACUUUUUAAAAAAAAGUAGU